UGCUGUCGGGCUGGAGAUUUCGCGGCGAUGGCGACGGAGGCUCGGCGCUGGAAGGGGACGUAUUGAAAGCGGGGCUUUGGCUUGGAUAUGACGAAUGCGUAUUUGCUGGAGAUUGCUUUGCUCUUCAGUUAUUCCAUUGGCUUCGGAUAAAUCCUCGGCCGCGGACUUCUCAACACUCCUUUGACUGAUUUCCACGUCUUCCUUGUCAGAAUUUCCGAACAGAUUAACCAGGACUGGAGACUGAUCCGUGCCAACCUUCUGCAACAUAACCGAGCCGGAGUUCCUCCUUGGGAGACCCACACUCCUUGGCAGGGGCCAUGGAGGAGGAGGGGCAGCAGAGCCUGGAGUGCAUCCAGGCCAAUCAGAUCUUCCCCAAGAAGUCCCCAGUGCUGGAGGAGGAAAACAUGCAGGUGCCCUUUCCCGAGCUGCACGGCGAGUUCACAGAGUAUGUCGGGCGAGCAGAGGACGCCAUCAUCGCAAUGUCCAACUAUCGCCUGCACAUAAAGUUCAAGGAGUCCGUUGUCAACGUCCCCCUCCAGCUGAUUGAGUGUGUGGAGUGUCGCGACAUGUUUCAGCUUCAUGUCACCUGUAAGGACUGCAAGGUCGUCAGGUGUCAGUUCUCCACCUUCGAGCAGUGCCAGGAGUGGCUGAAGCGUUUAAACUCUGUCGUCCGGCCGCCGUCCCGCCUGGAGGACCUGUUCUCCUUCGCCUUCCACGCUUGGUGCAUGGAGGUGUACGCCGGGGAGAAGGAGCAGCACGGCGAGCUGUGCAGACCAGGAGAACAUGUGACCUCGUGGUUCAAGAAUGAGGUGGAGAGGAUGGGCUUCGACACUCAGAAUGCCUGGAGGAUAUCGGACAUCAACAGCAAGUUCAGGCUUUGCCCCAGCUAUCCUCAGCAGCUGCUGGUGCCAGCCUGGAUCACUGACAAGGAGCUGGAAAAUGUGGCCGCCUUCCGUUCCUGGAAAAGGUUUCCUGCCGUGGUUUACAGGCACCAGAGCACCGGCGCUGUGAUCGCCCGCUGCGGCCAGCCAGAAGUCAGCUGGUGGGGAUGGAGGAAUGCCGACGACGAGCACCUGGUGCAGUCCAUCGCCAAGGCCUGCGCCGUGGACAGCAGCGGCCGCAAACAUCUUACCAACGGCGGCUACACCAACGGCUCAGACCUGCCCGAUACUGAUUUCGAAUCCUCCAUGACCAAUAGUUCAGAGGUGGAGACUCUGGCCAUCCAGCCCCACAAGCUGCUGAUCCUGGAUGCUAGGUCGUACGCGGCAGCGGUGGCUAACAGGGCCAAGGGGGGAGGCUGCGAGUGCCCAGAGUACUAUCCCAACUGUGAGGUUGUAUUCAUGGGAAUGGCCAACAUUCACUCCAUCCGCAAGAGUUUCCAGUCACUACGUUUCCUCUGCACUCAGAUGCCUGACCCAGCCAACUGGCUGUCUGCGCUGGAGAGCACCAAGUGGCUGCAGCACCUGUCUCUGCUGCUGAAGGCGGCCCUGCUGGUGGUCAACGCGGUGGACAGAGACCACCGGCCCGUCCUGGUGCAUUGCUCCGACGGCUGGGACCGCACACCGCAGAUUGUUGCUCUGUCCAAGCUGCUCUUGGACCCGUACUAUCGCACCAUCGAGGGCUUCCAGGUUUUGGUGGAAACGGAAUGGCUGGACUUUGGCCAUAAGUUUGCAGACCGCUGUGGUCACGGGGAGAACUCUGAGGACCUGAACGAGCGCUGCCCCGUCUUCCUGCAGUGGCUGGACUGUGUUCAUCAGCUGCAGAGACAGUUCCCAUGUUCCUUCGAGUUCAACGAGGCCUUCCUGGUGAAGCUGGUGCAGCACACCUACUCCUGCCUGUUCGGCACCUUCCUGUGCAACAGCGGCAAGGAGAGGGAGGACCGGCACGUUCAGGAGAGAACCUGCUCCGUGUGGUCGCUGCUGCGGCCAGCCAACCGCACGCUGAGGAACAUGCUGUACUCCUCCCACUCUGAAACCGUUCUCCACCCAGUUUGUCAUGUGCGGAACCUGAUGCUGUGGACCGCAGUUUAUCUGCCCAGCUCUUCCCCCACCACCCCCUCUGACGAUUCCUGUGCUCCCUACCCUGUGCCCGGUGCCAACCCGGAGGAUGCGCCCCUGGGCAGACGAACAAAGACUCGCUCUUUUGACAACCUGCCCAGUGCGUGUGAGCUGGGAAGCACGCUGGCUCCCAACCGGCGCUCCAGUGACCCGAGCCUCAACGAGAAGUGGCAGGACCACCGGCGCUCUCUGGAGCUCAACAUGGCGGUGGGCCCUGAGGGAGGGGGCAGUCAGGAGCUGCAGGCCGGCGGAGAGGGACCGCGUACGGACGGACAGCAGUCGGAGCUGGGCGACGACCAGCAUCCCCGCGAAUCCCAGGCCGCGCUCCAACAGGACGCCCCGGUCAGCCCAGACGGGGGAGCAGAGGAGGCUGAGCUCUCCGUGGUGGUCGACAUGGCUGAGGGGCAAAUGGAGAACAUCCUACAGGAAGCCACGCAGGAAACGGGAGCAGAUUUACAGGGGCAGAGACCUGCUGCUGCUGCUCACACAGAAGUGAAGAAGGAAGUUGAAAGUGAGGGGGAAACUCCAACGAUGGAGACGCAGAGAGAAAUAGUUACAAACGGUCACCAUCCUGACAACGGCGAGGUGGAGUCUGAGGACGAUGGGGAUUCUCCUCCUCUGCCUUCACAGGAGGAACAGGAACUCCAUCAGCAGCCGAAUGACCAGACUCAAACACCAGAGGGCGCUGUGGAGCAGAGCGUCAACUGCUCUGCUGUUAGAGAAGAGUCUAGCUCAGGAGAGCAGCCGCUGUCUGAAUCCCAUAAAACCAUUAUUAACGGCUUUGUGGGCGGGUCAUCAGAGGAGCAGGACAUAGACGAGACCGGUCCCGCCUCAGAACCCGAGCUCGCCGUCUCAGAAUCGGACGAUCCGCUGGACAAGAGGGCGUCUGUGAUGGAGAGCUCCACAGAGACUUUAACAGAAGAAGCCUGCAGCAAGCUGGAGCUUCUUCCUGGACAGCCAAGUGUUUUACCCAACCGUCAGCCGCACGGCGACGGCAAGAGCCAACACCCCGGCUUCAGGAAGGACAGGGAGGUGGCCGAGUCUGGCUUUAGCAGAACUUUAAACGGGGGCAGCAAGCAUGCCUCGGUCAGUGCCUUUCAGUCUGCCAGUGCUGAGCUAAGCAGGGAAGGGCUUUACAACGGAGACUGCUCCGAUGGAGACCCCAGCGUAGGACCGCACUGGGCCAAAGGGAACGGGGAGCGGGUCCCGCUCAGCCGACAGGUGUCUCUGGCCAGCUGCAACUCCCUGGUCCUCCAUCCACGUGGCGCCUGCCUGCAGCACCGCUGCUGCCACACCGCUCCCAGCCGGACCGCCGUCAGCCCAGAGCAGCCGACCCGCAGCCACCUGGACGACGACGGACUCACAUUGCACACGGACGCCAUCCAGCAGAGGCUGAGGCAGAUCGAGGCCGGGCACCAGAUGGAGGUGGAGACGCUGAAGAAGCAGGUGCAGGAGCUGUGGAGCCGCCUGGAGAACCAGCAAUACGCUGGAUCGCACCGGAUCAACGGAGAUGUGGGUGACGAAGUGACCUCAAUGACCGACUCGGAGUACAACCUGGACCCAAACUGCUUGUCCCGCUGCAGCACGGAGCUCUUCUCAGAGGCCAGCUGGGAGCAGGUGGACAAGCAGGACACGGAGGUCACUCGCUGGUACCCUGAUCACCUGGCCGCUCAGUGCUACGGCUGCGAGAGUCGCUUCUGGCUGGCUGCCAGGAAGCAUCACUGCAGUGGCAGAGAGGCAGUCCAGGAGGUCUGGAACUGCGGCAACGUGUUCUGCGCCAGCUGUUGCGACCAAAAGAUCCCUGUGCCAAGCCAGCAGCUGUUCGAGCCGUGCCGCGUGUGUAAGAACUGCUACAGCAGCCUCCAGCUCAACUCCGCUCCUCUCGACCUCGAGCUCGAGAAACCCAUCGCGGCGAGCUCCAACUGACGGAGCGCAGCGGAACCGGGCCGGGCCGGGUCAGACCGGGUCGGGCCACCAGCCGCCGACACAAACGCACCGCUCAGGAGCACAGGAAGCUACGCAGAAUGUCCCGUGUGUGUGUGGGUGGGGGUGUGUGUUGCCCAUCUGGAGUUUAAAGUGUAUAUUUUUAGGAUGACAUGCUGGCUACGCAACAAGAACUCUGAAUGUUAGUGUCUGGAGGGGUGUGUGUGCGUGGGCGUGCGUGUGUGGGUGGGUGUGUGUGUGUGUGUGUGUGGCAGUGAGGAAAUUGCACUUCAAGGAGCGAGAAUGGACUUUCCAGGUGCCGAGAGAAGCAAGUCUCGGUGCGGAGCUCCGAACAGCCGACAGCUCCAGCGCCUCGCCGCCACCCAGAGCUUCUGCAGACGUCACUUCUUACACUGAGCUGAAGUUUUUCCUCUGGAUUGAGAAACAAAACAAACCAACAAGUGGAAAGAGAAUCUCCCUGUAUCAGAAAUCUUCACACAAAUGGUGUAAAGAAAUCACUGGCACCAUUCAGACUCCACUGUUUUUUUGGGUUUUUUUUCUGGUUUGCACAUUUUUCCGUCUAAUCAAAAUCCCAGAUUUGAAGGCUUCUUAAAGAGCGUUAAACCAAACUGACUUGGUCUGGUUUCUACUGAAAUGUCUUACAAGUGAAAACUAACUUACAGGCACCUUUCCAGCUUGAUAGGAUCUUGCUUUAAGUCAAGAAUUCCUUAAUAUUAAUGAAGUAGUGUUGGUUUCAUUAUCAGAUCGUUUUACUUAUAACAAACACGUUUAAUCUGCCAGUGAAACUUGCACAUUUUCAUCAACAUUAAGGAAUUCAAAGUCCCUACAUCUUGUAGGUUAAUUUCUGUCUUGUUUCAAAUGUACCAAGAUAUUUGCAGUAGAAACUAGACCAAAAAUCCUUAAGAGUUUGUGUUUUUGCAGUGUAAAGCUUUGUGUAACUACAGGACUGAACCGUCAGCUCCCAGCAUGUGGGUCACUCUGCUGGUGAAAAUCCAGUUAGGAAGCGUUUUGGGUGUUGCUGCAGCGAUGAUCCCUGCUGCCCUGGGAGACCAGCAGCAGGGGGAAGGGCUCUUUGUGAGAUCAGACAGCAAAGCUUCUCUGCGGCGCAUCCUAUUCAAUGACCUCCUUGCGCUCACACACACGCAGACACACUCUUUUUCUUUUUGUAAAAUAAAUGAAUGAAAUAAUAUAUUCAGAUACAUAUAUAGCAUUUGAGAAAACUGUAUAGAAUUCUUGAAUAGUGGCUCAUUUAAUUAGUCACAUUUCUUUUUUUUUUUAUUUCUUUGUUCUCUUGUUAAAAUUGCACAAAAAUACCUAUAUUUUGUAUCCUGCCAGAAGAGGAACAGGAUUGUUGUUUUUUUUUUUUAAAAAUUAGAGAAUCCUGUUUUGAUGCUGCAGUGGUUUUCUCCUUUGAAUGCGAUUUAUUAUUUGGAGGUUAUUUAUUAAAGAGUUGUUGUUAAAUUGCUGUUAGGAAUCCAGAUAAUUCAGUUGCUGCAGGAUAAUCAGGGGGGUGAGAGAUGGUUUUGAACUGAUUCUGACAGGUUCGUCCCUUUAGGAUCAGCUGCGUUGUUUGAUCUGUUGAUGGGGUCCUGUGACGGAGCGGAGGGGCGCCAUCUUGAAUGAAACGUUCAGUGGAUUAACAGUAUCAUCUAUGCACUGAGAAAACAGUGGCCCAAAUCAAAGCAUCUCAUCUUAACUUCGAUAUAUGACUCCAUUCAAACCAUCUCCACACACUACCUCUACUUUGUAAUUGUUCAUACACACGCACACCUGACUUCUAGUUGCUCGGUGACUUUUGUCAUCAACAAAGGCCUUGGUUUUUGUCAUUGUUCAAUACAUUUUCUCCUGUUUUGCUGAGUUUUAAAAUAAAAAGGUACACACCUGAAAGAAUAGAUUAGCAUCCCAACGAUCGUCUUUUUGUUGUUGUUUAGACAUAGGGCUGGGCGAUAUAUUGAUUUGAUUUUUUUUGUUUAUAAAGAUUACAUUUAUGGAAAAUCAAGAUUUUUUUUUUUCCCCCACCAAAGCACUCCUUGGGUUUCCAUAGGUCAGAGUGAUGUCAUCGUGUUUCAUAAGCGUGUUUUACAGCUUCUAUGAAUUCAGGUUAACUUUACCACAGAAUGGCGCCAGACUACGACUUUUAUUUACUAGCAACAAAGUGCUGGCGAAGGCCUAUUGAAUUUGCAGGAUUUCUUAUUGUUGUUUUUAUAUAUAUAUAUAUAUAUAUAUUCCGCCACUUUACGUCGCUGUUUGGGACCGCUAACAUAUUCAAAAACACACCAAAAUUGUCCCCCAAGGAAAAUUUUCGGAUUCUGGUGGAAUCGGCCAAACUGCUCUACAGCGCCCCCUAACGUGAGUUGGGAGAAACUGUAGGUCGUAGAAAUCUGAAACUCUGUACGUAGGUAGAUACCCCCAAAUCAAGAAUAAAAGUCUCUUGGAGGUAUCCUCUAAAAUGCACAGGGAGGCGGCCAUUUUGAGUCAAAGGUCAAAUUUUGCCCAUUUUUCACUUUUACUCAUGUCAAACUUUAACGAACUCCUCCUCGGGAUUUCGACCUAUCGGCUUCAUUCUUGGUCAGAAUGCAGUAAAGGCAUAGGGCUUUAAAAGUCAUCGAAAAAAUUUACUUUGCGUAUAUGUUCAGGAUCAAAUCCGCCAUCAUGUCCAUUUUAUUGAUGUCGUGUCUGAGCGAACUCGUCCUAGAGCUUUCGAGAGCCAGGCUUCAAACUCAGUCAGCACAGUCUUGAGCCAUUGAGGGUCAAAAGUUAUCAAAGGAAUUUUCCUAUGUCAAAGCAUGUGGGCGUGGCCAAGCCUCAAAUCUGGCCAUUCGCCAUGAAACAUCAAGAUGUAAUAACUUCCCAAUAUAAGCUCCCAGCUGCAUCAAACUUCAUUUGUAUCGUCACAGACGAAUGUGAUGAGCUCAUCACAUUCAAAUAGUCAAUUGGUGACAUCACUUCAGACCUGCCACCUUCUAACAGGAAGUCACCUGUUUUCCUAUUUUCCUUCCUCUUAAUCUCUACUUCAUGCAGAUAUUAAACUGUGUUUAAUGAAUUAGAAUAACAUGAUGAUAAAUCCUUCUUUCAACGCUGGUGGGAACAUGUGGUCAUGGCUGAAUUGCGAAUCCUAAUCCCUCAGUUUGCCUACGUCUCUAAAUCAGUGUUUCUCAAACUGUCUCAGGCUGAGGACCAGUGAACCCAUUUAACAAGCUGUCAAAGAUCACUUAAUCCAAAAUUGCACCCGCCAUAACACAUCUUAAUAUAUGAUGCAACCUGAAAUGAAAAUAUGAGUCUCUCAUGUAUUUUUCUUUGUUCAUCCUAAUGAGAAGCAUGGUGCUGUUUGGUAAAUGUGGCUGGCCACAACAGACUUAAGAGGUCUACUUUGGCAUUUUGAGUUACAAAAUUAAAUGAAAUUGACAGUAGCUGUUUACCUGAAAGCAGAGCAUCAUUCAUUACAGAGCAAAGAGCAGUUCUGACUAACUGGAACGAUUCCUACCACUAACCGUUCCAGCCGCUAUAACUUGGCCUCCUCUGAUCAUACAAGUAGUCAUCGAGUUCUUUUCUGUCCACUAGGCGGUGCCCUCGCACCACAAAUGGUCCACGGACCACAGGUUGAGUAAGACUGCUGUAAAUCAUACAUGCUUGCUAGGAUUGACCUUUGUUAAUCUUUAAAGAGCCCAAUAGCUUGAAUUUGCAAUUCAGUUCGACUGCGCUUGUGCGUCGUCACGAAGCGCUGCCUAAGACGCCGGUGUGUGUCGCCUGGCGGACGGCUGCGGAAACUGCGCGAGAGCGUGGCGUUGCGUUCGCCACGAGGCCGGCGGCGCGCUUCGCUGCGAGGGCCUCGAGCGCCUCUUGCGGCUUUAAUUUGUUUUUUUAAUUGCAAAGUUAAAGUCAUAGUAUUAUAAGACUACAGUCGAUAAUUUUCUGCUCGAAUAUUCUCCCAAUUUUACAUUCUCGUAAAAUUAGGAGAAUGUAGUCAUUUUAUAACUCUCCCGAAAAAUAAUAAAAACUUAAAAUGAGGAAUGUCGAGCGCGUGGAGUUCUACUUUAAUGUUUUUUUUUCUAAUACGGAAAUGACACGUCAGCUUUGACUUAUUAGCAGGACUUUGAAACGAUUGAGUUUAUUUAGAAGAACCACACAGACGGACCUUUUUAACUAUCGAAUCUUUUUUCUCUAGAACGACCCUCCCCUCGUAAUUUAAAGACGUUCUUUUGGUUAAAAAAGAAAAAGAGGAGUCGCUUUUAUUUCGCUAAUAUUAUGACUUUAUUCAUGUCAUUAAAAAUUCGUGUAGCCUAAUAGCUACUUAUACACCGUCGUACAUCUCACAGGUCUGAUUGAAAUAAAAGCCACUUUUUGAAAAUAUUUGUAUUUUCUUUGUAAGACCAGAAAGCGAGACAAUAAAAUCAGUGCAAGUCAUAUCGCCCAGCCGCAGUUAGGCGCAGAAGCAGCAUGUUUAUUUUAAUCAGCUGAAGUGCACAAAUGUAUCUGAUAAAAGAGAGUGUGGGUCCUGAACGCCUCGUGGUGCGUUUGUGUGUGUAAAUGAGUGGCGCGUGCAGCUGACCUGCUGCUAACAGUGCGUUAGCUUUCCUGCUGCACGUGCUUUAAUUGACCUGUGUUCGCCCGUUAGCGGAGGACUCUUAAUUUUAACAUGUUUGAGAUAAUCUGUCAUUCUCAUUCCAAACUAUUUUGUUUAUCACUAUAUGACAUAUUUUUUAAUCAAUUGGUCCACGGAACAAAACGAAAUGAAAUGUAUUGUCUGGCUUUAAGAGGCCUUUGUGAGGCUAAAGCUCUUUAAUCUUCCCUCACGCCAUCAGCCCCUUCCCAUUUCCUCCCCGCUGCAGGCGUAACGAGCCGCCAUCUUAUCUUCAACAAUCCAUGAAUGUGAACUGUCUACAUUGAUGAAUAUUGCACGACAUUAAGUAGACGCUGCCACAGAUCAGCUGCAACUGAACGAGCGCUGUGCUCCUCAGUAUUGAAAGGAGCACGGUGUGUGUAGGAGUGUCGCGCAACACACCUGUUGCUGUACCCUCUUCCCCCCCAUCCCAAGAAAUCAUCUCGGUCUGCAGAUGUUUAUCCUUCUCAGCUUACGCCGACAUUCUCUGUCGGAGGCUUCGCUGCAGCGGCCCAGUAAUCACUGGACGUGUGUGUGUGUGUGUGUGUGUGUGUGUGUGUGUGUGUGUGUGUGUGUGUGUGUGUGUGUGUGUGUGUGUGUGUGUGUGUGCGUGUGUGUGUGUGUGUGUCAGGCAUUGCUGUGAGAGACUGACUGAGUGAGUGGGACUCUUUUGGUGGAGACUGGUGCCAAGCAGUUUAUUACGGGUCUCUCACAAGGGGAUCAGUCAUGUUUUUGGUUGGUUUUACUUCUUUUCUUCUUCUCCUCCGUGUUUGACAAGGACUUUGAACCUUCUGUCUGUCAGAGGAGUGUGUAGCUGUACAUAGCAACUUCCUGUAACAAGUGCUCCUUGUUCAGUCUGGAUAUUUAGUUUUAUUGGAUUUACUUUACAGAGCAUUACAUUGUUGUAGAAUUCAAAUGAAAAAUAAACUAGCUGAACCAAA